GGCACUUUGACAUCUCAUGAACAACAUAACCCACGCACAGAUGACAUGUUCCUAAAGGAAAACAGCCUAGAAUGUCAGGUUUCACAAGAGUCACCACGGAGUAAAGGUAAAGUAUGCAAAUAUUCAAAUUCAGAUAACAGUGUCUCUUCUGUGCCUGUUGAAUGUGAGCAUAUGAAUAAAAUAGACAUGAACUGUAGACAAGAUGAACAGGAUGCAUGUUUCUUCCACGCAGUAGAAAAUCAAUUGAGUGCAGGGACAGAGUCAGCCAAAAUAGCUGAGGAUGUAGUAGAAUCUGUAAAACAGACAAAAUUUGAAGUUCACUUAAAUGAGUCCAUUGAUAACAAUGCAGAAAUUAUAAAACCAAAUUUGAAUGCUGACAUUGUUGAUUGUGAUAAAGGCAUCUUCAAUUGCAAUGGAGGCUUGACUCAUAGUCAGAACGUUCCCUCUGACUCCACUGAACCUGCAACCGUGGACAGUUGUACGUACAAGAGCAUAAAAUUAAAAGAUGACACUAAAAAUCUGGAAGAUACCAAUCAUCUCUUACAUAAAGCCCAUAACUGUUUACCAUCAUUGUGUCAAAAUGCAUGUUCUCAUGUGCAUGACAAACCAGUGGAAGAGCCUGAGUUACGUCACUGUGGCAGUCCAGAGCCAGAGGUCGGGAACACUGCAGUUUCUGUUGUGUCUUUUACUGAAGAAAGAUCAGAAACUCCUGAAAAAAGUAUGUGUGAUGUAAAUGAAUGUAAUCUUCAGGAUGGUGAAGUAAAACAGUGUGUCAGUACCCACUCAAAGCAGAACCUCACUGGUUUUAGUGUAUCAACUGGGAGUAUAGAACCUUUUACCAGUGGGAAUUUGAAGCUGUUAGAAGCCAAGACUACUGAAUUGAAAACCAGCAGUUACACAUUAAAUCCUCAAACAAAUGACUUGACCACAACCUGGGAACAGAUGCAGCCAGAUCACAAGAUUUUCUCGAACAAAGAGCUUGGAGUUUGUGUUGACCCAAAGCAGGUAGACAAAUACGCUGCUACUCCUUCCUAUGAAAUACAGAGUGCCGCUCCUGCUGCUGCAGGAUUUCAGCAAGGCAGUGAGCAGUGCCUGUUAGAUCUGAUGGAAGAUGUACCCAGUGGCCAAGAGCAGCACUCCUAUGAACUGGACAGACAAGAUCCCCAUGUUGGAAUGUGGCCACAUCUCAUCAGUCUUCAGACUGGCAAUGAUGAUUGGACAAAUCAGCUGUUUUCUGACACGGUUCCUGCUGGUAAUGGUGAAUAUCUGGUGGGCUUUUUAUGGAAUAAUGCAGUUUCUAAUGAUACCAUGAAGAAUGACAGACUUUGUAUAGUUAGUGAAAACUUCCAGAAUGAACCUGAAGACUUAACAGGUGCUUCAUAUGCAGUGGAAGGAUACCCAUAUCAGCUGCUAGCACCAGAAAAUGCUGGUACUUGGGGAUGGCAAAAUAAAGACGAAUUUGAAGAAAUGUUUGUGGAUUUCCUGAAGUUCUUGUUUGGUAGCAACUAGGAAAUAUUUGCUCACUUCUGGAGGUGGUCUUCUGAAGUGUUGGAGAAAGGAGUGGCUACAGGAGAAGUGAGGGGAAUGAGCUGGGCUGGAUCUUGGAAAGCUGGGAUAGGAAACAAAUGAAGCCGUCGGGACAAAGUCCUGAGUAACGAGCUCUGGGGGCCCUGCUUGAGCAGGGAGGUUGGACUGGAUGACCUCCAGUGGUCCUCUCCAACCUUACUCACCCUGUGAAAGCCAACCUGCAGCAGCUGCUGCUCCUUUUUCUUCCCCGCUGAGCAGAGCCAGUGCUGGAUAUUGUUCCCCUCACUGACUGUGCUGGAGCAGUUGCUCUGACCUUGCCCAGCAGUUGCAGUGUGGGCAGUGGGUUGAACUUAGGGCUGUUUGCUGUCUCCUGGGGGAACUUUGUGUAUUAAAAGCGGAACUGAUGGAACUUGCUGUCAUCUCUGAAUAGUUACUAUUCAGGUAGUUAUGUCAAACACUUCCACUUUUUAUAAGUCUUUCCUCUGUCACUCAAUAGAUGUGUUUAAGUUGAGAUUUUUUAGAUCUUUUUACUUUCUGGAUAUAUUCUACACACUGUGAUAAUAACUAUCUGAGUGCA